GUAUCUAGUCUCACAGUUCCGUGCGUUUUGUGUAUGAGACCGUUUCCGCCAGGGGGCGAAAUUCGGCGCAUCGGAUCACUCUUUCACUCUCCCCCGACUAGAAGUUGCAUCUACCCGGGAGAGAGUGAGGAAGAUGGCGGCGGAUGAUCGCUCCCGGUCCGAAGCUGCUCGGCAGCGACGGCAUGACCAGCUCCAGCGAUGGAUGGGGUCCGAAACUGACCGAACAGUCCCAGAAAUACGGGAACGGCCUGCGAGCAACGAGGGGCGGCGGGCUAGGGUUCGCUUCACCCAGGGCGCUGUGUUCAUGGCUGCCUGCUCGGCCGGAGACCGGGAGGAGGUGGCUGCAUUGCUACGCCAAGGAGCCGACAUCAACCAUGCCAACAUAGACGGACUGACAGCAUUGCAUCAGGCCUGCAUCGAUGAGAAUGCGGAGAUGGUGCAGUUCCUGGUGGAGAGCGGCAGCGACGUGAACCGAGGAGACAACGAGGGCUGGACCCCGCUGCACGCGGCGGCCUCUUGCGGCUUCCUGCAGAUCACUAAGUACCUGAUCGAGCAUGGCGCGCGGGUGGGGGUGGUGAACAGCGAAGGAGAGCUCCCUCUGGACGUGGCCACGGAGGACGCGAUGUCAAGACUCCUGAAGGAGGAGAUCAAGAAGCAGGCUGUGGAUGUGGACAGUGCCAGGCGAGAGGAGGAGAGGGUGAUGCUGCAGGACGCCAUGGCGGUUUUGGGUGGGCGUGCCACCCUGACCCCCCACCCUAACACCGGAGCAACUGCGCUCCAUGUGGCAGUUGCCAAGGGCUACAUCCAGGUCAUGAAGGUGCUGCUGCAGUGUGGGUUAGAUGUGGACAGCAGGGACUGUGAUGGUUGGACCCCCCUCCACGCCGCGGCGCACUGGGGUCAGGAGGAGGCCUGCAGCCUGCUGGCCGAUAACAUGUGCGACAUGGGGGCUGUCAACAAAGUGGGACAGACCCCCCUGGACGUAGCUGAUGAGAAUUUGGUCGACAGCCUGGAGGAGCUAAUGAAGAAACAGAAAGCUUUGCGUACAGAGAAGCAGAAGCAGAGCCCCAUCAUCGAAAUCAAUCCCCCCGUCACCGUGGCACCAGUGCGCACCAGGAGGACUUCAAUAUCUCGUAUGAGCAGCAAGGAGAAGAUCAGCCUUCACGAGAGGGAGCGCCACGCCCCCCCCGCCCUGCAGAGCAGCCCUGCCGAGGAGGAAGAGGAGGGACAGACGGGCCCCCAGGGGCCACCCGGGGCCUCCCACAGCUCGAGCUCCGAGGAGGAUAGCGAAUCGGAGAGCGACGGAGAGUCAGAAAAAAUGAAAACGCGAGAAAUCAUCAACAACCUGAACAACAAGCGCAACAGCUCCGCCCCCCCUGCCAGCACCACGGCAACCAGCGCAGCAGGAACUGUGGGUAAAAAGUCGGACCCUGGCAGGCCCCCGGCCCCUGAGGGCCCGGAGUCCAGUAGGAUGUCUCUGCGUAAGGCGGGGAGUUUUGGGGCCCUGAGUACCACAGGGGCCCUGGCCCCCGGGUCUGAGCCGGCCAAGGGCCCCGAGUCCGCCGCAGGCAUGAUGCGCUCGGCCUCCAGUCCCAGACUCAGCCUGGAGUCCGACCCCAAGGAGCCAAGGUUGGCUCGAGUUCCUCCUACUCCAACACGCCGACUCUUCACCAUUGCAGACCUUAAUAAUCCAGACCUCUCCAGCAGUGGGCUAACUCGUAGCUCCUCCUAUACACGACGCCUGAACAGCCAAACAGGAAGUGAUCUGACAAGCCAAGCCCCCAGCAUGACCCGCAGCUCCUCUUACGGACGGAAACUAGAUGAACCUGCAGUUACCUCCGUAACCACGGGACCCACUUCUGCUCUCAGCCGCCUCAACAGCCUCACAUCACAGAGGCUUGCUCAGGAUCAGCUGGAAAAGAAGGAACCGGAAUCCUCGACCACCUCAAAUUCUGUCACCACGGCAACCAGCGAGUUGGAAUCCAAGCAGAGGCGCAAGUCGUACCUGACCCCGGUUCGGGACGAGGAGGCGGAGGCUCAGCGGAGGGCUCGCUCCCGGCACGCCCGGCAGUCCCGCAGGUCCACUCAGGGGGUGACGCUCACAGACCUGCAAGAGGCUGAGAAGAUGAAGACGGAACAGAAGGAGAGAGAGAAGAAGAAGGAGGACGAGGACAGGGACGGGAGACAGAGGAAGGGAGAUGAGGGGGAGGUGAGCUGGAGGUCCCGAAUUGCAAACCUGCAGAAAUCGGACCUCCUGGGCCUGACCAGCCCCCCGGGGGCCCCCCGCGCCCCCGCCGCGGAGGGGAGAGGUACUGAGCCUGCGGACGGAGAGGACCGGGAGAGGAGGAGGCUGCGGACUCGCAGGAGAGGAGCUCACAGGACCGAAGAGAGCGACGAUAACGAACCGAGCGGGGAGGAUGAAGGGGUCGCGGGGGGACAGGCAAACAGGUACACCAGCAGGUCUGAUGUGUCCUGUAAUGAUCGCAUCAUCGGCAGAGGAUCAGAAACAAAGGACUACAAGAAGCUGUUUGAGGAGGUCUCUCGGGAGAACGGGCAGCUGCAGGCCCAGCUUCAGGACACCCUGCGCACAGUAUCCCAAACCCGCAUGGAUCUGGACAAGGCUACGCAGAGACAGGAGCGCUUCAGCGACUGCUCCGCCCUCCUGGAGCUGGAGAAGAAGGAGCGGCGAAUCCUAGAGCGGCGUGUAGCGGAACUGGAGGAGGAGCUAAAGGUGCUGGGUGACCUGCGGGCUGAUAACCAGCGCCUGAAAGACGAGAACGGAGCCCUGAUCCGCGUCAUCAGCAAGCUGUCUAAAUAAACGCAGGAGGGGAGAGAGGGAGCGUUCCCCUCCUCUGCCUCCCUCCCUCUCUCCGCGCCCCCGGCUCCUACCUAGUGCCAAAGAAAGGAGAGAAUAACGGAAGAAUGUCACACUGCCCCACCACCACCCCCACCGCCACCCCACCUCCCCCGGUCCUCUGUCGCAGCCGGUCGCCGUGGCAACAGCACGUCUUGUGGUCCACAGUCCGGAAGGGCCACCCAGUCCGGCCUCCAGGUUCACGGCGUUCUGCUGAAAAAAGAGAACGAAGAGACGGACAGAACGCACAUGUACAGACCCAGCACUGAGGGCGUACUCACACAUAGUCACACACUCACACACUCUCUCACACGUACAGACCCAGCACUGAGGGCGUACUCACACAUAGUCACACACUCACACACACAUGUACAGACCCAGCACUGAGGGCGUACUCACACAUAGUCACACACUCACACACACAUGUACAGACCCAGCACUGAGGGCGUACUCACACAGUCACACACUCACACACACUCUCUCACACGUACAGGCCCAGCACUGAGAGCGUACUCACACAUAGUCACACACUCACACACACUCUCUCACACGUACAGGCCCAGCACUGAGGGCGUACUCACACAUAGUCACACACUCACACACUCUCUCACACAUGUACAGACCCAGCACAGAGGGCGUACUCACACAUAGUCACACACUCUCUCUCACACAUGUACAGACCCAGCACUGAGGGCGUACUCACACAGUCACACACUCACACACACUCUCUCACACGUACAGGCCCAGCACUGAGGGCGUACUCACACAGUCACACACUCACACACACUCUCUCACACGUACAGACCCAGCACUGAGGGCGUACUCACACAGUCACACACUCUCUCACACAUGUACAGACCCAGUACUGAGAGCGUACUCACACAGUCACACACUCACACACUCUCUCACACAUAGCGGCAUCCAUAUACAGAGUACACCUGUAAAUACACACUCACAACCGCACGUUCACUCUCUCACACACACACACACUCACAGACACACACACUCAAACACUCACUCACUCACCCACACACACACACACACACACACUCACUCACAGACACACACACUCAAACACUCACUCACUCACCCACACACAUAUACGCAGAUGCACUCAGAAACACGCAUAUGAACAACCACACAUUCACACCUGAGACAGCACACACAGCCCCGUGACCACACACAUAUACAUUCCCUCGUGAAGGACCACAAGCACAUCGGCGACCGUAGGGACAGACACACCUGUGACCACAAGCACACCUGCGACCAUACAGACACACCUGUGACCACAAGUAUAUCUGCAACCCUAAGUACAGACACCGGAGACUGCUGGUACACCUGUGACCACAAGCACCCCUGCGACCAUACAGACACACCUGUGACCACAAGCACCCCUGCGACCAUACAGACACACCUGUGACCACAAGUACACCUGUGACCGUAAGUACAGACACCGGGGACCACUGGUACACCUGAGACCAUACAAACACAACCAAGAGCAUACAAACAAGCACACCUUAGACCACAAGUACACUCCAUGUGAAGGACCACAUCUCACAAGCCCGUACAGCCUGGACCAAUCAUGAGGGUACUUUCCCACCUGACACACCUCUUAACUGUCCAAUCACAACCACACUCCACCCUUCUGUGUGAUCACUAGCAAAUUUCACUCACCUGUCCAAUCACAACCACAUUCUACCCACCUGUCCAAUCACCACUCCACCAACCUGUCCAAUCACAACCACACUCCACCCAUUUGUUUGAUCAGAAGCACAUUUCACUCACCUGUCCAGUCACAACCACACUCUACCCACCUGUCCAGUCACAACCACACUCCACCCAUCUGUGAGAUCACAAGCAUAUUUCACUCACCUGUCCAGUCACAACCACACUCUACCCACCUGUCCAAUCACCACACUCCACCAACCUGUCCAAUCGCAACCACACUCUACCCAUCUGUGUAAUCACAAAUGCACUCUGCAUGGCAGUCCAGGCCCAUACACACUCCGUACUCACACUUAGUCCAAUAAGAAUGUCCAUUCCACCCUUCCACACCCACCUGUGACAUCACAGGAGCAAAUCAAUCAUUCCCCCUCCCUCUAUAGUCAAAGGUUGAAGGUCAAAGGUCAAUGCACAGUAUACAAGUGGCUGUUUUGUAUGACACUAAUAUGCAAAUGAUUAUUUUAAUUACUGUUGUUAUUAUGAUAAUGGUUAUUAUUGAUAUUAUGGUAUUGAUGUUUUUGUUUUAUUUUUUACAUUGCAAUUGUCCAUUCCUUCCAGGGAAACACGUGUAUAUGGAUAUAUAUGCAUAUGAAUAUAUAUGUGUACAAAUAUUACUAUUCAUUUGAAGCAGUAAUCUCGUGAGAUUAAAUAAUUAUUAUUGUCACACCCUUGUCGCUCACAUGUUGUUUUAUAAUAUAUUAAACCAAUGUCAGCACUUGAUAAUAAAGUUGUGUGUGUUUGUA